AUGCCAGACUAUUACAAUGAACAUGAAGCAUCGACAGACAAACCAAUUCCAAUAAUAGAUAAAUUCGAAGAAGUUUAUGAUUUUAUCAUAAUUGGAAGUGGCCCUGGUGGAAGUGUAAUGGCCAACCGACUUACAGAAAUAAAUAACUGGAAAGUUUUACUUUUAGAAGCUGGAGAACAAUCAAAUUAUCUAUCUGAUGUUCCAUUACUAGCUGGAAAUUUGAUAGGCACUUCGUUUGAUUGGAAUUAUGAAAGUGUUAAGCAAAAUGGUAGUUGUUUAGCAAGAGAUGGAUUUUGCGAUAUAGCAAGUGGUAAAGUAUUAGGAGGAUCCAGUAUAUUAAAUUUUGUUUUAUAUUCUCGAGGCAAUAAGAAGGACUAUGAUAGAUGGUGCGAUGCUGGUAAUCAUGGCUGGUGCUACAAAGAUGCAUUGAAGUAUUUCAAGAAGUCUGAGAAAAUACAAAUUGAAAAUUUGAAAAACUCGAUUUACCAUGGAACUGAAGGUUAUUUAAGUGUAGACUACCCAGGCUACGAAACUAACUUAUCCAGAACUUUUAUAGAAGCUGGAUUAGAACUAGGUUAUGAAACAAAUGAUUACAAUGGCUUAAAUCAAACAAGUGUCGCCAAAUUGCAGACUAAUUUGAAAAAUGGUAGAAGAUGCAGCGCUGUGAAUUGUUACCUCAAACCAGCAUCAACAAGACCUAAUUUAUCUAUAUCCACAUCAGCUUUUGUUACAAAAAUAUUGUUUAAUAAUUCAAAAAACAGAGUCGUGGGUGUCUAUUUUACCAAAAACGGUACAAACUAUAAAAUCAGAGCAAGGAAGGAAGUAAUUCUAAGUGCGGGCACAUUUAAUUCGCCAAAAGUUCUUAUGUUAUCUGGAAUUGGACCAAGUAAACAUUUGCAGAGCCUUGGAAUACCAGUAGUCAAAGACUUGAAAGUGGGAUACAAUUACAGAAAUCAUUUUGGUAUCAUGCCAUUAGAAUUCGAGUAUGAAGGCUUGGAAGGUAUAGGAGAAGACGUGUUAGAAAAUCCUGAGUACGUUGAAGACUACUUUAAAAACGGCAAAGGACCAAUAACAUUACCAUCUGGUAUGGAAGCGUUAUCAUUGAUGAAUACGAAAUUUAACAAUAAAAAAAUACCCGAUGUCGAGGUUGUACUAUUCACGUAUUCUGGAAUUCUUAAACAUAUAGCUAAGGUAUCGAAUCAAACACAGAAAGCUAAUCCGAAUAAAAAUUUUAGUCUUGUUGCCUUUCAAUUGGCGCCUAAACCAGUGGGAAGAGUAAAAUUAGCGAGUAGGGAUCCGAUGGAACCUCCAAUUAUCAACCCAAAUUACUUGAGUAAUGAACAUGAUAUAAAAGUAAUGAUUGAAGCUUUAAAAUUGGCAAUAAAAAUGAUUCGAACCAAAGCAUUUAGUAAAUACAAUGUGACAUUAAAUUCUAUUCCGCACUCGAAAUGCAAAAAUUUUACUAGUGAAACAGACGAAUAUUGGGAAUGCGCUCUUAGGCAUGUUGCUGGCACAUUACAUCAUCAGGUCGGAACCUGCAAAAUGGGUCCAGCAAACGAUUCAUCAGCAGUGGUUGACCACAGACUAAAGGUACAUGGAAUAUCAGGCCUUCGAGUUGUGGAUGCUUCCAUAAUGCCAACCUUGCCUGCCGCUCAUACAACGGCUGUGGUUUACAUGAUUGCGGAAAAGGCUGCAGAUAUGGUUAAAGAAGAUUGGUUGGGCGACACAAGAGAUAAAAGAUUAAAUUUUAAGCAUUGACGUAAUAAAAUCUCUAAAUUUUACAGAAAUAGUGCUAAUACUGCAGUACUGAAGUAUGAUGAUGAUAAAUCGUCCAACCUAUUUCAUAAGAAAAUAUUGUUUAUAAG